AUGCUAUACAAAUCACUUUUAAAAUUAUCUAUUCAUGAUACUGCUGCAAUUGCCACUGCCCAUCAAUCAAAUAAUUCACAACAAUAUAUUUCUUCAUCCAAUAUGAAUAAUGGAAUGGAUCAAUCGAUAAAUCAAACCAUGUUCCUACAUAGAUUAUUAAGCCCAGUAUUGGGUUUGGUUAAUUCAAUUGUUGCAGCACUUUAA